AAAGUCUUCACUUUUUAAUAUCGGACCAAAUAUACAAAGCGUGUUCUCUGUUCUGUCUCUCCUUCCUAAAAAGCAAACCUAUUCUUUUUUUUCUUCAUUCGUUUUCCUUCUUUAGAGAUCGACGAUGGCCUCGUCGAAGAAAACACUAGUUAGAAAUCUCUUCAACAUUUCCAAAACUUAUUCCCGGAUAUCGGGUCUUACCCGAAUGCGUCCUCCGACCAAACCCGGCAUUGCUCCAGACGCCGGAGAUUCUGGAAUCCGCCGGAGGUUUCUCCACAAGAGGGCAUUUUUCUCGCCGGAGAUAGUUCCAAGAGGAGGCAAUCUGAUGGAUAAACUCAAGGAGAUGAGUUUGUCGAACAAUCGGCUUCGCCUCGACGAGAUGUUACCGCCUCCGACGACGCCGGAGAAGACUUCUCCGGGAAGUUUCCCCUCGGUUACGGUGGAAGACGUGAAGAAGCUUAUGAGAGCUGCGGAGAUGGAGAUGGUGAAAUCGAGGCUGAGAGACAUCGGAAAAAACUGGGUUCCCUAUUCGGAGUUUGUUCGGGUAUGCGGAGAAAACAACUCGGAUCCUGAACAUGGUAACCGGGUCGCGAAUAUGCUUGACAAAGCCGGAAACGUCAUCGUUUUGGGAAAUUUCGCUUGCCUUAAACCGGAAGAGCUAACAAGAGCCGUGGCUGGUCUAAUUCCGACAAACGAACCCACUCGCAACGCCGCGACAAGACAGGAGUUCGAGCAACUCGAGAUAAUAAAAUCGGAUAUCGACAAAAAAGCCGAUGAUCUGGUACGGCGAGAAUUACAGGCCGGAUUAGGCCUUGUCAUAGCCCAAACGAUUGGAUUUUUUAGAUUAACGUUUUGGGAGCUGUCGUGGGACGUGAUGGAGCCCAUAUGUUUCUUCGCAACUUCCACGUAUUUCAUGGCCGGUUACGCCUUCUUCCUCCGUACCGCCAAGGAGCCUUCCUUCGAAGGCUUCUACAAAAGCCGUUUCGAGACCAAGCAGAAACGUUUGAUUAAAAUGCUUGACUUCGAUAUCGACCGGUUUAACAAGCUACAGAAGAUCCACCGUCCAGAUUUGACUAAUUCAGCUGGUCGUUGUUGAUCCUAAUCCUAUUUUUGUUCUCUUCUAAUUCGGAUGCUAAUUAAAUGUAUAGACCUCUAAAAUUUUCGUAGAGAAUAAAAUCAAAUAUUAGAUGCAA